AUGGUUGCUUUCACUGUGGACCAGAUGCGUUCUUUAAUGGACAAAGUCUCCAAUGUGCGUAAUAUGUCUGUUAUCGCGCAUGUCGAUCAUGGUAAAUCGACAUUAACUGAUUCCUUAGUUCAAAGGGCAGGUAUUAUUUCUGCUGCUAAAGCCGGUGAAGCCAGAUUUACUGACACAAGAAAGGAUGAACAAGAAAGAGGUAUUACUAUCAAAUCCACCGCAAUUUCCUUAUAUUCUGAAAUGCAUGAAGAAGAUGUGAAGGAUAUUAAACAGAAGACAGAUGGUAACUCUUUCUUAAUUAACUUGAUUGAUUCACCAGGUCAUGUUGAUUUUUCUUCGGAAGUCACUGCAGCUUUACGUGUCACUGACGGUGCAUUAGUUGUCGUCGAUACAAUUGAAGGUGUUUGUGUUCAAACUGAAACUGUUUUAAGACAAGCUCUUGGUGAAAGAAUCAAGCCCGUUGUCUGUAUCAAUAAAGUUGAUAGAGCUUUGUUAGAAUUACAAGUGUCAAAAGAAGAUUUGUACCAAUCUUUCUCAAGAACCGUAGAAUCUGUUAACGUCAUCAUUUCAACCUAUGCAGAUGAAGUCUUAGGUGAUGUUCAAGUUUAUCCAGCACAAGGUACUGUUGCAUUUGGUUCUGGGUUACAUGGUUGGGCCUUCACUAUUCGUCAAUUUGCUAAUAGAUACGCUAAAAAAUUCGGUGUUGAUAAGAAUAAAAUGAUGGAAAGAUUGUGGGGUGAUAUGUAUUUUAACCCAAAGACCAAGAAAUGGACUAAUAAAGAUGUUGAUGCCGACGGAAAACCAUUGGAAAGAUCUUUCAAUAUGUUCGUCUUGGAUCCAAUCUUCAGAUUAUUUAAUGUCAUUAUGAAUUUUAAGAAAGAUGAAACAACCAAUCUUUUAGAAAAAUUGGAAAUUGUCCUAAAAGGUGAUGAAAAAGAACUUGAAGGUAAAGCUUUAUUAAAAAUUGUCAUGAGAAAGUUUUUGCCUGCUGCUGAUGCUUUAUUAGAAAUGAUUGUCAUGCAUUUACCAUCUCCAAUUACUGCACAGGCUUACAGAGCUGAACAAUUAUACGAAGGUCCAUCUGACGAUGAAAAUUGUGUUGCCAUCAAGAAGUGUGAUCCAAAGGCUGACUUAAUGUUAUAUGUCUCUAAGAUGGUUCCAACCUCCGAUAAGGGUAGAUUUUACGCUUUCGGUAGAGUUUUUGCUGGUACUGUAAAAUCUGGUCAAAAGGUUAGAAUUCAAGGUCCAAACUACGUCCCUGGAAAGAAAGAUGAUUUAUUCGUUAAAGCUAUUCAGAGAGUUGUUUUAAUGAUGGGUAGAUUUGUCGAACCAAUCGAUGACUGUCCAGCUGGUAACAUUAUCGGUUUAGUCGGUAUUGAUCAAUUCUUAUUAAAAACCGGUACUUUAACCACCUCUGAAACCGCUCACAAUUUAAAGGUCAUGAAAUUUUCUGUUUCUCCAGUUGUUCAAGUUGCUGUUGAAGUUAAAAACGCAAACGAUUUACCAAAAUUAGUCGAAGGUUUGAAGAGAUUAUCUAAAUCCGAUCCAUGUGUUUUAUGUACCAUGUCCGAAUCUGGUGAACAUAUUGUUGCUGGUACCGGUGAAUUACAUUUAGAAAUUUGUUUACAAGAUUUAGAAAAUGAUCAUGCUGGCGUUCCAUUAAGAAUUUCUCCACCUGUCGUUGCUUACAGAGAAACUGUCGAGGCUGAAUCUUCUCAAACUGCUUUAUCUAAAUCUCCAAACAAACAUAACAGAAUCUAUUUGAAAGCAGAACCAAUUGAUGAAGAAGUUUCUUUAGCUAUUGAAGAUGGUAAGAUUAAUCCAAGAGACGAUUUCAAAGCAAGAGCAAGAGUUAUGGCAGACGAUUACAAUUGGGACGUUACUGAUGCUAGAAAGAUCUGGUGUUUUGGCCCAGAUGGUACUGGUCCAAACUUAGUCAUCGACCAGACCAAGGCUGUUCAAUACUUAAACGAAAUUAAAGAUUCCGUUGUUGCUGCUUUCCAAUGGGCCACGAAGGAAGGUCCAAUAUUUGGUGAGCCAAUGAGAUCCGUCAGAAUUAACAUUUUAGAUGUUACUUUACACGCUGAUGCUAUUCACAGAGGUGGUGGUCAAAUCAUCCCAACUAUGAGAAGAGCUACCUACGCCGGUUUCUUGUUAGCUGAACCAAGAAUUCAAGAACCAGUUUUCUUAGUUGAAAUUCAAUGUCCAGAACAAGCUGUUGGUGGUAUUUACUCCGUGUUGAACAAGAAGAGGGGUCAAGUUGUCUCUGAGGAGCAAAGACCAGGUACUCCAUUGUUCACAAUCAAAGCGUACUUACCAGUUAAUGAAUCAUUUGGUUUCACUGGUGAACUAAGACAGGCCACUGGUGGACAGGCUUUCCCACAGAUGGUUUUCGACCAUUGGGCCACUUUAGGAACCGAUCCACUAGACCCAGCCACCAAGGCUGGUGAAAUUGUUAAGGCUGGUAGAAAGAGACAUGGUAUGAAGGAAGAAGUUCCAGGCUGGCAAGAAUAUUAUGAUAAGUUAUGA